AUGGCCAGCUCGAAGAAUGACCGCAAAAGACAACGGUCCGAGGUCGAAGAACUAUUACCAUCAUCCGCGGAUACUCAAAUUGAAGUAGGCCAAAGUACGAAGCGUCCACGAGUAGAGGAACGCAGAUCCUUGUUCGUCCGCUCGUUACCUGCGAACGUCACGAAUGAGGCCCUAGCAGACUUUUUUUCUCAGCAUUUUCCUGUUAAGCAUGCAGUCGUCGUUGUCGAUCAAAAGACCAAAGAGUCGAGGGGUUACGGCUUUGUUACACUGGCAGAUUCUGACGAUGCUCUGGCGGCCAAGAACACUUUGGACAAGGCAGAGUGGGAAGGAAAGCGUAUUCGCAUUGACAUAGCUGAGCCAAGGAAACGAAACGCCGCCAAUUCAGAGAAGACCGUCCAUAAAAAGCCUGGGAGAGAAGAAAGUCAAAAGCCACCCAAGCUCAUUGUGCGAAAUCUGCCUUGGAGCAUCAAGACCUCUGAGCAACUCUCCCAUCUAUUUAAAAGUUAUGGCAAAGUCAAAUUUGCUGACUUACCCCAGUCGAAGGGGAAGCUCCGGGGCUUCGGGUUUGUCACGAUUCGUGGCAAGAAGAAUGCGGAGAAGGCCUUGGAGGGCGUGAACGGCAAGGAAAUCGAUGGCCGGACAUUGGCAGUUGACUGGGCUGUGGACAAGGAGACCUGGGAAAAACAGCAGGAUCUGGAGGCCGAAGACGAAGUUCCCAACCGUGAGAAAGAGUAUUGUGCAGAUGAGAAAACCCUUCCGGAAACUGCUUUGUCGCUUGAUGAUGACGAGGAUGACAAUGACAACGACGAUGAUGGUACCGCUCAUAAGCCUGAUAAAAACGACGAGCUCGACGCAGAUUUAGAAAAUUUUAUGAAAAAUCACAUGCAAAACAUGGAGGAUGAGGAUGAAGACGACGACGAGGAGGAGCAAGUGGACAGCAAGUCAAGUGCAGAGAAGAAAACUACCGAUAAUUCCUCGACUGUCUUCAUUCGAAACCUUCCCUUUACAACGACGGACGAGCAACUCAAAGGAUUCUUUUCUCAUUUCGGUGCUGUGCGUUAUGCCCGAGUUGUCAUUGAUAAAGUUACAGAAAAGCCUGCUGGCACUGGGUUUGUAUGCUUCGUGAAGCAAUCCGAUGCCAAAUUGUGUAUCAAAGAGGCACCUCGACCUAACGCAUCAGCCGCAGGGUCGAAGCCGUCACUACUGCUGGACGAGAAUGCUGACCCUAGUGGUAAAUACACUCUUGAAGGCCGUCUUCUCCAAGUUGCUCAGGCCGUGAACAAGGCGGAGGCAGCGAAUCUAGCUGAUAAUUCGCUUGCGAAACGCAGAGAGAAGGACAAGCGUCGCCUAUAUUUGCUCUCUGAAGGAGCCAUUGGACGAGGAUCUCCUCUGUUCGAUGUACUCAGCCCUUCUGAAAUUCAAAUGCGCCAGGCCAGCGCUGCGCAGCGGAAGAAACUUGUCCAAAGCAACCCUAGUCUGCAUCUCAGUCUGACACGAUUGGCUCUGCGGAACAUUCCUCGAAACAUUGGUUCGAAAGAGUUGAAGGAACUCGCAAGAAAGGCUGUUGUGGGCUUUGCCGUGGAUGUGAAAGAAGGUCUUCGGCAACCCUUAUCCAAGGAAGAGAAUGCCAGAGAUGGUAAAGAUGCCAAAGAGAAGGAGCGCCAACGAAAAUUGAAGGGCAAGGGUAUUGUUCGACAAGCUAAAGUGGUUUUUGAAAGUAACCAGGGAUCCAAGGUUGAUGAGAUGAGUGGUGCUGGAAAGAGUCGUGGAUAUGGUUUCAUUGAAUACACGUCACACCAUUGGGCUCUUAUGGGGUUGCGGUAUCUCAAUGGCCACCAGCUUCAAGGCGACAAUGGAAAAAAGCAGCGACUGAUUGUUGAAUUUGCCAUUGAAAAUGCCAACGUUGUCCAGCGUCGGCGUGCCGCGGAGGAGAAGUCGGGUGAAUCGCAGCGAGAAGGACGCAACACCCGAACUGAAUUGGCGGAUACUGGCAAGGGCAAAGCACCAAAGUUAGGACGACGCGGAAAGGGUGCGAAGGAUGAAAACGGAGAAACACGAACCCAUGGCGAUGGUAAACAAAAACACGGAGCGUCUAAGGCUGAGGACAUGCAGCAGAGACUUAUUGCUCGUACAAGGUUGAUGAGAAAAAAGAAGGCGAAGGCUCGGGGUAAGAAUUAA